AUGUCUCGCCCGCGCCACGAGCAAAUCGCCACGCUCCAGGCAUUUCAGGAAGCCGAUCUUCAUUCCCUGCGCGAACGUCUCUCCGAGCUUGACGCGCGCAUCGCCCAAGCCGAGGAGGCCGUGCUGCACGCCGCCAACGUCGCCUCCGCCGCGCGCGGCCUCGUCGGCCAGCGCGGCGGCGUCGCACCCGCCCUUCUGUCCAGCACUUCCCGCGCGCGUCCGAAGCAGCGCCUGUGGGCCCGCAAGGACGGCACGUACGCUCGCCACGAUGAACAUGCCCCGCCAAAGCCGCACGUCCUGAUACAGCCAUGCGGCGUUGUGUACACCGCGUUCCAGAAGCGCUUCGAGGCCCCGCGCCAGAGCUUCACGGGCGCGGCAGGGAAGGCGAGCGUGUGGCUCACAAAUGGGACGCAUGUGCUGCACGGGUUGAGCAAGGGAGACCGUCUGUGGUUGGUGUACUGGUUGGACCGCAACGACGGGCUAUGGCGCCAUUUCGUACGCCCGCCGCGCGCGAAGGGAGGCUGGCGCGUAGGCGUAUUUGCGACGCGCUCCCCGAACAGGCCAUCCCCCGUGGGGCUGAGCCUUUGUGUGGUGGAGAACGUGGAUUUGGAGAAGGGGUGCCUGCAGGUGGGAGGGGUGGAUAUUUUGGAUGAGACACCGCUCCUGGCGGUGAGAAAAUACGUGCCGGAGGAGGAGGCGUGGCCCAGCGCGAGGGCAGGGUGGAUUGACGAGAUGGAGAAGUUGCAGCCAUUGUACUAUGACGAGUUGGACGGAUAUGGAGGUGUCGCGGAUUGGGAGGUUGUCGUAGAGGAGGGUGCGGGGGAGAGGAUUGAGUUUAUUAAUGAACGGAGUGCUGUAGAUGUGGUUGACAUGAUCAGGACAUCACUGGAGAGGGUAGACGCGGGGGAGGCGAAGGAGGGUGGGGAAGAGGGAAGGAGGGAGGUUGUCGAGGGAGCGUUACCUGUCGGGGCUUUUCGCGUUUUGUACGAAGUGAGGAGGGCGGCAGGUGCUGUUGUGGUGAAGCAGGUGGUGUCGGGGAUGAGACGGACCGUCUGCGAAGAGGAGGCAGCGACUGAUCCAGAGGCCUUGGUGCAUUUGGAGUUUCAAGACCGGUUCCCAUUGUGA